GCAGCAGCAGCAGCAGCAUCUUGUCUUGGCUCUUGCCAGCAGUUCCAAGUGAAGACGACGAGCCGAGGCGCAGAACUGGCAAAGGGGUGAGUCAGUCCGUCGGUCAGCGUGCUUGAGGGAGGUGGCUUCAGCGAGCCGGGUUCAAUUAAAUAAAUGGACACGUGCUGCAGUAGUCUCUCAGCAGAGACUCCAAGCUCUGAGGGCCAGCAAGCGGCGCCUGAGGAGGAGGCAGAGCCCGGUUCUUUGCACCUAUUUGCAGCGUCCUCAGUGCUGGGCCACCAUCUCUCUCCACCAUGCAAUCCCGGGAUGAAGCUCCACGCUCUCGCCGCCUCGCCAGUCCCCGGAGCGGCAAGCGGCCCAAGAGGAUCCACAAGCCCACCGUGGCGGCGUUCUUCACCGGCCCCGAGGAGCUCAAGGACUCGGCGCACUCGGCCGCGCUGCUGGCGCAGCUCAAGGCCUUCUACGACGCGCGGCUGCUGUGCGACGUGACCAUCGAGGUGGUGACGCCCGGCAGCGGGCCCGGCACCGGCCGCCUCUUCCCCUGCAACCGCAACGUGCUGGCGGCCGCCUGCCCCUACUUCAAGAGCAUGUUCACGGGCGGCAUGUUCGAGAGCCAGCAGACCAGCAUCACCAUGCACGACGUGGACGCCGAGUCCUUCGAGGUGCUGGUGGACUACUGCUACACGGGGCGCGUGGCCCUGAGCGAGGCCAACGUGGAGCGGCUUUAUGCAGCCUCCGACAUGCUGCAGCUCGAGUACGUGCGCGAAGCCUGCGCCUCCUUCCUGGCCCGGCGCCUCGACCUGUCCAACUGCACCGCCAUCCUCAAGUUUGCUGAUGCUUUUGGUCAUCGCAAGCUGCGCUCGCAAGCCCAGGCCUUCAUUGCACACAAUUUCAAGCAGCUCAGUCAGAUGGGAUCGAUCCGGGAGGAGAGCCUGGCUGAUCUGACCCUGGCCCAGAUGCUCACCAUCCUGCGCCUGGAUAGCCUCAACAUAGAGCAUGAGCAAACAGUGUGUCAUGUGGCGGUGCAGUGGUUAGAGGCCGCCCCGAAGGAACGUGGGCCCAAUGCUGCAGAAAUCUUUAAGUGCAUCCGCUGGGCUCACUUCACUGACCAAGAUCAGGAUUAUCUGGAAGGACUGUUGACCAAUAAUACUGUGAAGAAGUACUGCUCAGAGCUCAUUGAAGGCGCCCUGCAGAUGCGCUAUGGGGACAUGUUAUACAAGGCUGUGGUGCCCAAGCCUGAGACCAGCAGCAGCAGCUCUCUUGUAUCUGCUGUGGAAAACUCAUCCCAGAGACUGGGGGUGUGUGCCAAGAAGAUGGUGAUCUUCUUUGGGCACCCUAGAGAUCCCUUUCUGUGCUGUGACCCAUAUACUGGGGACAUGUACAAAGUGCCCUCACCUGUGACCUGCCUUGCUCACACUAGGUCUGUGACUACUUUAGCAGUCUGUGUAUCUCCAGACCAUGACAUCUAUCUUGCAGCUCAGCCCAGGAAGGAUCUGUGGGUAUAUAAGCCAGCCCAGAACAGUUGGCAACAGUUGGCUGACCGCUUGCUCUGCCGCGAAGGCAUGGAUGUGGCCUACCUCAAUGGCUACAUUUACAUUUUGGGUGGACGAGACCCCAUUACUGGAGUUAAGCUGAAGGAAGUGGAAUGCUACAAUGUUCAGAGGAAUCAGUGGGCUCUAGUGGCACCGCUACCCCACUCUUUCAUAUCCUUUGAUCUAAUGGUAAUUCAGAACUAUCUCUAUGCUCUCAAUAGUAAGCGCAUGUUUUGCUAUGAUCCUAGCCAUAAUAUAUGGCUAAAGUGUGUGUCUCUUAAGCGGAAUGACUUUCAAGAAGCCUGUGUCUUCAAUGAUGAGAUCUACUGUAUCUGUGACAUCCCUGUCAUGAAAGUGUACAAUCCAGUCAGGGGAGAAUGGAGGCAGAUGAAUAACAUUCCCCUGGUGUCGGAGACCAACAACUACCGAAUCAUCAAUCAUGGUCAGAAAUUAUUGCUGAUCACCUCACGUACUCCACAGUGGAAGAAAAACCGUGUGACUGUAUAUGAAUAUGACAUCGGGGCAGACCAGUGGAUUAAUAUAGGUACCACAUUAGGUCUCUUCCAGUUUGAUUCCAACUUUUUUUGUCUUUCAGCUCGUGUUUAUCCUUCCUGCCUGGAAUCUGGUCACAGUUUCCUCACUGAGGAAGAAGAGGUGCCAAGUGAAUCCAGUACUGAAUGGGACUUAGGUGGAUUCAGUGAGCUGGAUUCUGAGUCAGGAAGCUCCAGUUCUUUAUCUGAUGAUGAUUUAUGGGUACAGGUAGCGCCUCAGUGAAAUGCACAGGAUAGGCAGUUUUUUUAAAUAGAUAGUUUGAAACCUAAUGUGGUUUUCUGCUUUGGAAUGUAUUUUAGAUACCCUUUCUGUUUUCUGAAGAAAAAAACUAACGACUGGUUUCAGUAUUUGUUUAGAAGGGGUAUGUUUGUAGUACUAAUGUCACUUAAUGAUACAGAAUUUUAAAACAUUCAAUUUCACUUAUUUAAUUAACUUAAUGUUAUACAAUGCCAGUAUUGGUUUAUUUAGUAUAUUUAUAUUUCAUAUGCUCUUACAUUUUUAUUAUUAAAUCUUACAUUCUGUUUAGUGCCACAAGUGCUGUAACUUGAAUUUUAGUUUUUAUAAUAGAAAAUUUAUCAGAUAGAAAUUAUUAGAUAGAGUUUUGAGAGUUUAUCUUUUCCUUCAGUGUAGUGUGAUAGAUGUCAACACUAAAUUAACAUUGACACUAUUUUAAAUGUGUUACAAUUAAAAUUUAGUUUGCUAAGUUUUAGCUUAGUUUGCUCUUUAUGUGAAGAAUGAUACUUAUACAUUUAAUGUGAUUGACUAGUGAUUUCAUUUGCAGUUAUGGACAAAAUAGCUGUAAACUCACUGAAGUAAAAGCAAAAAAAUCAUGAUACUCUUAUUUGAAGGAACUUUCAGUUUUAAUUACAAUAUAAAAUGUGUAUUUACCAAAAGUGACCAAUUUUUCAUCUAACAAAGUUUCAUUCUAGUGAUAUCAUCAAUUGCCUAAAAAAAAACAUAAAAUUUUAACUUGCUUUGUAGUUCAUAUUUUUUUUAAAAAAAAUCUAUACUUGACACAUGCUUCAUUGAAUCAAAGGAAA